ACUUUCCGUUGAUAAAAACUGAGCUUACAAUUCAGGCUGUGUGUGUAAACUAAAAGUAUAAAGAAGCACACCAAAUUUUAAAUUUAUAAUGAAAAUGAUGUGCAAAAGCAAAUAAGGACGCUUGGUGGCGCUGCAGGCUUAAGAGUGUCAAGAAUGAGCUCUUCAGACCGCCCAGGAAGACAUCUCAUUAAGCCAAGAAGCAGAACUAUGGCAGCUGUUUAAAGGAGACAGUAGUAAGUUAGGGUUGAUGGAAGAAUCGGGGAAGAAGGCGUGUUCCUAAUCGGAUUUACUCCAGUAUCUUCGCGGACCCUCACAAGUGGAUUGUAAGCAACCUGAAGCAGCACCCUCUGGACUGAAUCUGAACAAUGGAGACAGCGCUAGCAAAAAUGCCAGAGCAAAGGCAAGUCGUUUUUCUUACUAUAUUGUUACUACUGUGGAAGUCUGGCUCUGAGGCCAUUAGAUAUUCCAUGCCAGAAGAAACAGAGAGUGGUUACUUAGUGGCUAAUUUGGCAAAAGAUCUUGGGCUCAAGGUGGGGAAACUGGCCACUAGAGGAGCUCAAAUCCAUUACAAAGGAAACAAAGAGCUCUUGCAGCUGGAUGCAGAGACUGGGAAUUUGCUUUUAAAGGUAAAACUAGACCGCGAGGUGCUUUGUGGGGUGACAGAACCCUGUGUGCUGCACUUCCAGAUCAUACUGGAAAACCCUGUACAGUUCUUUCAAACUGAAUUGCAGCUCACAGAUAUAAACGAUCAUUCUCCAGAGUUCCCUGACACAGAAAUGCUUCUAAAAAUCCCUGAGAGCUCCCAGACAGGAACUGUGUUUCCCCUGAAAGCAGCCCAGGACCCUGACAUCGGCAGCAACGCUAUUCAGAACUACACAGUGAGUCCCAACCUCCAUUUCCACGUCGUUACUCACAGUCGCACAGAUGGCAGGAAAUACCCAGAGCUGGUGCUGGACAGAGCCCUGGAUAGGGAGGAGCAGCCUAAGCUCACUUUAACCCUCACUGCUCUGGAUGGUGGAGCCCCCCGCUCAGGAACGACCACAGUUCGCAUUGAAGUUGUGGACAUCAAUGAUAACGCCCCCCAGUUUAUACAGUCACUCUAUAAGGUGCAGAUUCUCGAAAAUAGCCCCCUUGAUACCUUGGUUGUCACGGUCUCUGCCACGGAUUUAGAUGCUGGGAUAUAUGGCAAUGUGGCCUAUUCUCUGUUUCAAGGCGAUGGAGAUUCUCAGCCAUUUGUAAUAGACGAAAUCACUGGAGAAAUCCGUCUGAGCAAAGAGCUAGAUUUUGAAAGAAUAAGCCGUUAUAACAUAGAAAUCGCAGCCACAGAUGGAGGAGACCUUUCAGGAAAAUGCACUGUGGCUAUCCAGGUGUUGGAUGUGAAUGACAACGCCCCAGAGUUGACAAUUAGGAAGCUCACAGUCCUGGUCCCAGAAAAUUCCGCAGAGACUGCAGUUGCUGUUUUUAGUGUUUCUGAUUCUGAUUCGGGGGACAAUGGAAGAAUGGUGUGUUCUAUUCCGAACAAUAUCCCAUUUCUCCUGAAACCCACAUUUGAGAAUUAUUACACGUUAGUGACUGAAGGGCCACUUGAUAGAGAGAACAGAGCUGAGUACAACAUCACCAUCACGGUCUCAGACCUGGGCACACCCAGGCUCACCACACAGCAUACAGUAACAGUGCAAGUGUCCGACAUCAACGACAAUGCCCCUGCCUUCACCCAAACGUCCUAUAACCUGUUUGUGCAAGAGAACAACAGCCCCGCCCUGCACAUAGGCACCAUCACCGCCACAGACUCAGACUCAGGCUCCAAUGCCCAUAUCACCUACUCACUGCUCCAACUCCAAGACCAGCAGCUAGCCCUCUCCUCGCUCAUCUCCAUUAACCCUGACAGUGGACAGCUGUUUGCUCUAAGGGCACUGGACUAUGAGUCCCUGCAGGCCUUCGACUUCCAAGUGGGCGCCACAGAUGGCGGUUAUCCUGCACUCAGCAGUCAGGUUCUAGUGCACGUGGUGGUGCUGGACAACAAUGACAAUGACCCCAUCGUGCUCUACCCACUGCAGAAUACUUCUGCUCCUUGCACAGAGCUGCUGCCCAGGGAGGCGGAAUCUGGUUACCUGGUUACCAAGGUAGUGGCUGUGGAUCACGACUCAGGCCAGAAUGCUUGGCUGUCGUUCCAGUUACUCAAGGCUACCGAGCCCGGGCUGUUCAGCGUGUGGGCACACAAUGGCGAGGUGCGCACCACCAGGCUGCUGAGCGAGCGCGAUGUGCCCAAGCACAGGCUGCUGCUGGUGGUCAAGGACAAUGGCGAGCCUCCGCGCUCUGCCAGUGUCACACUCCAUGUGCUGCUGGUGAAUAGUUUCUCUCAGCCCUAUUUGCCUCUGCCUGAAGUGGAGCAUGACCCCAUUCACGGGGAUGAAGAGGUGCUCACGCUGUACCUGGUCAUUGCCUUGGCUUCUGUGUCUUCUCUCUUCCUCUUGUCUGUGCUGCUGUUCGUGGGGGUGAGGCUCUGCAGGAGGCCCAGGGCAGCCUCUUUGGGUGUCUGUUCUGUGCCUGAGGGCCACUUUCCUGGUCACCUGGUGGAUGUCAGUGGUAUGGGGACCCUGUCCCAGAGCUAUCAGUAUAAUGUGUGUCUGUCAGGAGACUCUAGGUCUGGUGAGUUCAAAUUUCUCAAACCCAUGAUUCCCAACGUGAUGCUUCAGGAUUCUGGGAGAGAAGUGAAGGAAAGCACCCCCUGCAGGGAUAGCUUUGUAUUCAGUUAACUGUUGUGUGUGUUUCAGUGAAUUUGUUUUUAGCAAUUCCAUUGCAAUAUGGUUCUCCUAGAAAAGUGAAUCAUUUUCUAAGUAUUGACACUAAUCAAAACAUAUGCAUGUCCUUCAUUACUAAAAUUGUUUUUUCUUACAUUCUUGGUAUCCACUAUAAUUACCUUUUCAGGCGUAAUGAAUAUUAAGAAUUUACAAAACACAUUACAAAACACACAAUAUACAUAUACUGUAUAUUACAACUUGUGUUUUACUUUAACUCAAGUAUUACACACACACAAAAAUCUAUUUUACUUUACCUGGUUGUGGGUUUUUUGUUUGUUUGUUUGGUUGGUUGGCUGCCUGGUUGGUGUUUUGUUUGUUUUGCUUUGC